AACAUUCAUCACAUUCAAUAACGCAUUCAUUUCCUAUACUUCUUUUAAUCACGUAGAAAUUACCACAUCUACACUGAUAGUACGAUACAUCAUUGUCGAAAUUGAGUUCUUUAAAAUGCACAGUGGCGUAAACCAGGUGUUGUUCCUUAUAUCUCCUAUCCAUUAAGAUGGAAUCGUAUUCCUUUCUCAAUUUUUCGUCUCUGAGGGUUCUCCAUGCUUUGUCAAUUCUUACAAACUCCUCGUUUUUAUCUAGCGGAGAUUGUUUAUCCGGGUGACAAAUUUUUACAAGCUGACGAUAAUUGCGUUUGAUCUCGUCGAAAGUGGCAUUUUCUGUGCAGUUUAAUACGCUAUAGUAAUUCUCGUUCAUUGUUCACCCAACAAUUACAUUAAAAAGAAAAGGUUGAGGGAAAUGCAUAUAGUUCUGAUAAUACCUCUCCUUAUCUCGCAAGUUUUUGGCCAUCCUUUUCCAUUGGUCAUAAACACAUGGGGUUUUAUGGAGGCCACCAAAGCAGCUUGGACCGAAAUCAGUAGUGGGGGCAGUCGGCUAGACGCACUCGAAGUCGGAUGUUCUAAGUGUGAAAUGCUACAAUGUGACGGUACCGUCGGGUUUGGAGGUAGUCCCGAUGAGAACGGCGAGACAACUCUUGACGCCCUAAUGUUUGACGGAGUAACGAUGGAUAUGGGCGCGGUCGCUGGAUUGAGACGUGUAAAGAACGUUAUCAGUGUUGCCAGGCGAGUCCUCGAACACACGUCUCACUCACUACUCGUUGGUAGUCUCGCAACAAAGUUUGCUAAACAAAUGGGCUUCAAGGAGGAGUCAUUAUCAACAAAUAACUCUUUGUCUAUGUGGAAACAAUGGAUGGUGAACCGGUGUCAGCCAAAUUUUUGGACAAAUGUGUUCCCCGACCCUCGAGGCUCGUGUGGACCUUAUCAACCGAUAAGUCCAAACAGCGUCUAUUACAACUCGCUCUAUCUCUUUAAUAAGAGAAAUCACGACACAAUUGGCAUGAUUGUUAUCGAUCAAAAUGGGAACGUUGCCGCUGGAACAUCCACUAAUGGUGCAAGUCACAAAAUUCCAGGGCGCGUUGGUGACUCGCCCAUCCCAGGAGCUGGUGCCUAUGCGGACAAUGACGUGGGUGCGGCGGUUGCGACUGGUGACGGAGAUCUCAUGAUGCGUUUCUUACCGAGUUUUUUAGCGGUUGAAGAAAUGCGGAGAGGGGUAUCACCAUCUGAUGCAGCACGAGUUGCUAUUGAUAGGAUGGUAUCCAAGAAUGACAAAUUUUUUGGAGGCGUUAUCGCGGUAAAUAAAAAUGGCGAGUACGGGGCGGCUUGUAAUGGAAUGAUCGAAUUUCCAUAUUCAGUUAUUACCAAAGAUAUUAAUAAAAUUAUUGUCAAAAGUGUAAAAUGUAAUUUAUAGUAAAGGAGAAGUAGGUAUAU